UAUUUAAAUCCCACGGAAGAUUUUCACAGACAAUUGAAUGCAGCAGGUUUUGAUAUACUAAAUGGGCUGCGUUGUGGGACGGAUAAUGGAAAUCGCAUUGCCGGUGGUAAUGCAACAAUGUUGGACGAAUUUCCAUGGAUGGCAUUAAUAAAAUAUCGUGGUCCUUCUGGUGAUCAAUUUCGUUGCGGUGGUUCAUUGAUAACACAACGUUAUAUUCUAACGGCGGCACAUUGUGUCAAUACCCUGGAUCCAGUAAUUGGUGUUCGUCUAGGCGAACACGACAUAUCUACAGUACAGGAUUGCAUGAAGACGGGACCAAAGAUAAAGUGUAAUCCACCGGUGGAAGAUUUUGGCAUUGAAAAUAUUGUAACACAUCCUGAGUACAACAAACGGAAACAUGUCAAUGAUAUUGCUCUAAUCAAGCUGGAUCGUAAUGUUGAAUUUAAAAAACACAUUGAACCAAUUUGUCUGCCCAUUAAUGUGAAUGUUGUUCAGACACGACCAGAGGAUCAUUUUCUAAUUGCCGGUUGGGGUUUUACCGAAAGAGGCAGUACAUCAAACAUUCUACUUAAAGCCCAAGUCACCCAAUUACCCGUCUCGACGUGUAGCGUUAAAUAUUCAAUUGAAUUGAGUGAAACGCGUCAUUUGUGUGCCGGUGACGACGUAAUUGGCAGUGACACUUGUAGCGGUGACAGUGGUGGUCCAUUGAUACAAUUCGGUCCAUAUAAAGAUAAAAAGCGUUUUAUACAAUACGGCGUGGUGGCAUCGGGACGUAAUGCUUGUAUAUUGAAUCAAAAUUUGCCGGGUGUCUAUACGAAUGUUAGCAAUUUUAUGCCAUGGAUAACACAUCAUAUUGUGCGCUGA